GGCUAUGUUGUCACGUAUCCACGUGCCUCUGUCGCGUGCAGCGCGCAGGCGCCGCCGCGAGGCUGUACUGUGUUGUCACGUCACCUCAGUCCUCUGCCAACCGGCGACCAGUCGCGCGCGUCGCCCCGCGACACACGUAAACAAAUAACGACUAUGACAUACACUUUAUGACGAAAAUAACAUAAUCGGUGUGUUUUGUUCCAAUUUUGAUGUCUAUAAUUUAAAGUGAACAUUUAAAAGUGUCUUUUUAGUGCCAUAAAGUGAUAGCGCUUGCAGUACAAAGUUUUUCUUAUCGCCUUCUCGCCUGUAAUUAGUGAUAUAUAGUUAAUUAUAGCGAAAUUAUAAAUACAGCUUAAUGUGUAUAGUUGCGCUAGUAUAACUAGGUGUAAGUGAAGAAUACGUAUCCAGUAUUUAAGGUUAAGUGACAGUGUCUAAAUGUCGCUCAUUUGUAGAGAGCUCAGCGGCCCCCUGAUGUCGGAGCCACUCGUCAGUCUGUACAAAUCCCCUGUAUCAGGGUGCGCCUUCCUGACUUACUUCAACCCGGAGAGCGCGUCGAGCGCGCAGUCGGCACUCCAUGAGAAACGAACGCUACCAGGGAUGAACCGAGCAAUACAGGUGAAGCCGGCGGACAGCGAAAAUAGAGGAGAUCGGAAGCUGUUCGUGGGCAUGCUGAGCAAACAACAGACCGAGGAGGAUGUGCGGCAACUGUUCACGCCCUUCGGCACUAUAGAGGAGUGUUCCAUACUGCGCGGACCCGACGGCGCGAGUAAAGGCUGCGCGUUCGUAAAGUUCAGCUCACACCAAGAGGCGCAGGCGGCUAUCACCAGUUUGCACGGGAGUCAAACUAUGCCGGGCGCGUCCUCGAGCCUGGUGGUGAAGUUCGCAGACACGGAGAAGGAGCGGCAGCUGCGGCGCAUGCAGCAGAUGGCCGGCAACAUGAGCCUGCUCAACCCUUUCGUGUUCAACCAGUUCGGCGCCUACAGCACCUACGCGCAGGUCAUCACUGAGCAGCAACAAGCAGCCCUGAUGGUAGCAGCGACGGCGCAAGGCUACAUCAGCCCGAUGACGGCGCUCGCGUCCCACGCGCUCAACGGCAUGGCCAACUCCGUGGUACCACCGGCUUCUGACAACUUCUCCGGGCUGGCGAUAGGCACGGGCGCGCAGCCGCUGAACGGCGCGCUGCCGUCGCUGCCGUCGCCGACCAUGCCGGGGUUCAACAUGGCGGCGCAGACCGCCAACGGGCAGCCGCCGCCGCAGGACGCGGUCUACACUAACGGGAUACACCAGACGUUCACUGGACCCUAUCUGAGCGUCCCACUGCUGGGCGAGGACCGAGGCGUGAUAUCGCCGAUGUGCGCUGAUCUGACGAAUGUUGCAGCGGUGCCCGUGACGGCGCAGGGCCUGCCCAACGGCGAGGCGGCGCUGCAGCACGCGGCCUAUCCCGGCAUGCAGCCGUUCCCAGGCGUCGCCUACCCGGCGGUUUACGGCCAGUUUCCGCAGCCGAUCCCGCCGCCGAUGUCCACCAUUGCGCCCGCGCAGAGGGAAGAUUUUCUUAUGUUCCCAGGGUGCUCGAUCUCCGGCCCUGAGGGGUGCAACCUAUUCAUCUACCACCUGCCCCAGGAGUUCGGGGACGCGGAGCUGAUGCAGAUGUUCCUGCCCUUCGGCAACGUCAUCAGCAGCAAAGUGUUUAUUGACCGCGCCACUAACCAGAGCAAAUGUUUCGGUUUCGUGUCGUUCGACAACCCCACAUCGGCGCAGGCCGCCAUCGCGGCGAUGAACGGCUUCCAGAUCGGCAUGAAGCGGCUCAAGGUCCAACUCAAGCGGCCCAAGGACGCCAACCGACCUUACUAACCUUAGACGCCGUCCCUGCGCGCUCGCGUCACUACCGUGUCUGGCCGCGCGCGCCCCGCGCCCGCAGCGCGCAUCAUCGUGUAUUAUCAACAAUUCCAAGGAAUUUAUUAAUACAUCUUUAUUGUAUAGUAAAUAUCAUUACCUACAUACUUACCUAAAGAUUAUGCGAGCCCACUCGGCGAGUAUACUAAAUUAGUUAAAAGUAAUUUAUUAAAUCAGCGCGUAGGAAUGCUUCAUUCUUAUCAUUAUCGAUUAAUCAUUAAAUUACUCUAUUAUAUUAUUAUUAUAUAUACAAUUUAUUAACUUUGAUUAAAUUAUUAUUAUUAUAAAAUGACACGUUAUAAAAAUUUUGUCAUUCGUAAUCAUACUUCUACUUCUAAGUACUUAACGUUUAACUGAAACUUUUAACAUAAAUUUAUUAUACUAGUUAUUUGCUUGAACUAAGCCAAACUGAAUUUAUUAAGUAAGUUGAAAAUGUAAGAAAAAAGUGUAUUUUAAUUAUUGUAUAUUGCAACAAGACGUAGACCGGGACGCGCGCCGCGGCCUCGCGCGGCGGCCGGGCUCGGCCUCUGGCCUCGCCGUCCGGCCCCUGGCCUCGCCGUCCGGCCCCUCGGCCCCGCCCCGGCCUCGCCCAGCCGGCCCGGUCCCCGCAGCCCCGGCCGGGGCCGCAGCGCCCGUCCCGGACACAUCGCGGACACUGUUGUCUCCCUCCGCCGAACUGAUUGCAUUAAUGUAAGUGCUCGGUAUAGAUCACUAUUGGAGUAUAUAUAUCCUAUAUUUUGUUAAAUUUUAUUAUGUGUGUGUCUGAUAAGCUAAUACGCUGGGGUACCACACGGCAGUCCUCUUGUAUAACGUAACCAGUCCCACUCCAAUGAUCUGUACUUUCAUGAUGCAUCGCGCGGCGAGAGCGUCCCGCGUCGGCCGAUAGCGCCCGACGCCCGGUACGCCACGGACAAUACGCGAUGACUCGUAUCGGUGCGACGCAACUCUGUCCAUGGUACGCCCAGCUCCUCACAAACUACUUGUUAGUAAACGUAAACUAAUGGCGAUGUUGUUGACAAAAAUUAAAUGUUUGUAUUUAACGCUGUGUACAAAUCAAAGUGCACUUCAACAUAAGACCGAAUACUUAGGCCUUCGUUUCAAAAGAUCGUGUUAUUAUGUGUUGUAAAUUCCAAAUGGGCUGUGAUAUAAAAAGUAUAAUCAACAUAAUGGACUGUACUCACGCCGUUCGUGUCUGUAUGUGACGCGUCUCGCCGCCGCUCGCCGCCGGCCGUGCGGGUGUGGCCACCGCCGCUCCGGGCCGGCGCGAGCGCGCGGCACGCACGCGAUGUCAAUUCUCAACGAGCGUGCUUCCCCGUCUUUAUUUCGUGUGUGUCUAUACAAAUAUAUACAUAAUACUAUUCGUGUUAAGGUGUUAAAUACAAUAAACGUGAGGACCGCGUCCGGGAGCCAACAGUGGGAGGUGCGCGAGCUAACAGGUUACAAAACUAGUGUAAUUUCUACAGACAAAAAUAGAUUCAUAAUCAAAAGGUACCAAUAUAAAUAUUAUAAUGAUACUGAGAUACCUUAGAUUAUAUCGUGUGCGCUUGGGCGGACUAGGUGCCGGUGCGGCGGCACCGCGGC